AUGUGUUAUUUUGCUGGCCACCUGGCCGAGGGCAUCCACCAGGCCACCUGGUCGAAGCAUCUAUCAGACCACCUGGCCGAAGGCAUCUGUCGGGCCACCCGGCUGGAGGAGCGGCCGGCCGGACCGGUCGCCUACCCGCCCUACUACGCGGCCGUCUCGUCCGGCGCGCUGCCGCCCACAGUUCUUCCCGAACAUUACGCGGCGCUGUACGACCCGUUCGGCGGGCCAGGCGUGAUUCGCGUGCCGGCGCAGCGGCCGGCGGGUCUGCCGCUCGGGCCGCCCUUCAGCUGGAUCGGGCCGGCCGCAGCGGCCGCCGCCGCGCUCAACCCGCUGCAUCGCACGGCCGCGCUCGCCUCUCAGCUGGUGCGAGACAGGUUCGGAGCUCCGUUCCCGCUCAACAGAAGAAUAGGCCAUCCGUACCAGAAUCGCACCCCUCCCAAGCGGAAGAAGCCGCGCACAUCUUUCACGAGAGUUCAGAUAUGCGAACUAGAGAAACGUUUUCUAAAGCAGAAAUACUUGGCCUCGGCGGAGCGAGCAACGCUGGCCAAGCAGCUGAAGAUGACGGACGCCCAAGUGAAGACUUGGUUCCAGAACAGACGCACAAAGUGGAGGCGGCAGACGGCCGAGGAGCGCGAGGCCGAGCGCCAGGCGACCAGCCGCCUCAUGAUGUCCUUCCAGCCGGACGGGUGCCUCUCCAAGGGCGUGUACUCGCCCCGCGACCAGCUGCCCGUGAACCACGCGUCGCUCAGCGCCCUGCAGAGCAUCCAGCCGUGGGCCGAGCGCAGCGGGUCGCCCCCGGCCGCGUCACCGGCGGCCGCCGCCGUCGCCGCUCCUCUCUGCUGAGCGGGCCGGCGGCAGCCGCUCCCAACGCUGUGAUAUUCGGGGGUGUCUUGUUACGCCGACGAUGACGACGACGUUCCUACCGAUGUCGACGUUCCUACCGGUGUCGACGCGCGCGCGCCCCCGCGGACUGCUCCCAGGCAUUGGCUUGCGCGUUUGAUACCAUUGCUUUCCGUGUUUUAGAGGACGGUCGAGCGCGCAGCUGGAUGCUGAGAACUCGCCCGUUUAGUGAUGUCAUCCCGUUAGUUAGCUCCUCAUCUUCCAUUGGGCCCUGCAGGCCGGGGUUACCGCGCUUUCCUGAAGCUGCACGAUAAUAUCACUCGCUCUGAUCCCCGUCCGCCAUUCCCCUCGCGCAGGCGAAUGAGGUUGCUGAUCAUUUGUACCGGUGAAGUGCUUUGGUGCCAGGCGUGUUAUCCUUUUUCCGUAUGGGUAUGAUUGCGGUGUUUGGCUUAUUUCGGCUUUUCUUUUUGAUGACGUGAGCUCGGAAGCCACCUGGACACUGAUGACGUUAGCUAGGGAGCCACCUGGACCUCGAUGACGUGAGCUCGGGAGCCACCUGGACGCUGAUGACGUUAGCUAGGGAGCCACCUGGACCUCGAUGACGUGAGCUCGGGAGCCACCUGGACGAGAGCUGCAGAACGUUGCCAGUCAUCUAUUUUCAGUAUUCCUGCUCGUGCUGCACAGAGAUGGCUCCCAAUUUUACUUUCUAAACAUCUUAGGCUGAACAAUCUACCACGUUGUCGGAAACGAAACAGAACGUGGCUUCCCAUCCCUUUCGCCAAAUUUUGCCUGGAUAGGAACCACUUAUAUCUUGGCUCGCCUCCGACAGUUCUCAUGCUCAUGUCUAAAGAAAGAAAUUCUGCUUUCGCAGACUACUGCAAAGCAUCAAAAAGCAAUUCACAAUCGCAAGCUAACAAAAAGCAACGAAAGAAAAUUCCAUCAUGCAAAGGGCUGCAAGCUGACUGACUUAGCAAUACGCGAUGGAGCGAAACUGCGGGAGUUGAAUAUUGUGAGCUGUAUGCCGACUCCAUGUGUUGAACCUUCCUGCUGGAAAAGCCCGCCGUUUCCCCGCCACAGCGGGCAUGUACUGAGCGUGUGCGAUCAUUAAACAUAUCAGUCCGGACCCCGGCUGCGCACCACCUCCGCCACAAGUCAGCAGUCUAUGUCGUAUCAUAGUUUAGUUGCUAGGGCUUGUACAAACUUAUGUGCCAGGAUAUAUAAAUGCGGCGUGUGAAUGUCGCUGUGUUAAAUACAAAGCCCUAUACAACCUGAA